GUAUUUAAUACUUCUAAUGCUCAAACAAAGAACUGUGAUAGUGAAAUCUCCUUUAAUUUAUCAUUGCAGUCCAAUCGUCCUUUACAAUCAGUCUCUUUCUCUCUCUCUCUCUUAGAUCAUAAUCUCGUUCUCCUGAUCUCCUUCGUUCAAAGAAUCGAUUUUGGGACUUGGGUUGGUUUUGUAUUGCAGAUCGAGCUCUGCAAUUCAAUACUAGCGGAGGCUAUUGUAGCUUUCGAUGCUGUUUUUUGCUGCUCUGGAACCCUAAACUCGUCAAGCUGGAGCAGUUGAAAACAAUCGGUAGGGAGCUCGCUAUGGGCUCCCAAGGUGGCUGGGGCCAAUCUAAAGACUUCUUGGAUCUCGUCAAGUCGAUUGGCGAAACUCGAUCUAAAGCCGAAGAGGAUCGAAUUGUCAUGAACGAGAUCGAAAUUCUGAAGAGGCGAAUCACGGAGCCAGACAUCCCGAAGCGUAAGAUGAAGGAGUAUAUCAUCCGUCUCGUCUAUGUUGAGAUGUUAGGGCAUGAUGCGUCGUUUGGUUACAUCCAUGCUGUGAAGAUGACACACGAUGAUUCUCUGCUGCUCAAGAGGACUGGAUACUUGGCUGUCACGCUGUUCCUCAAUGAUGAUCACGAUCUCAUUAUUCUUAUUGUCAAUACUAUUCAGAAGGAUUUGAAAUCCGAUAAUUAUCUUGUUGUUUGUACUGCAUUGACGGCAGUGUGCAAGCUGAUCAAUGAAGAGACUAUUCCUGCGGUGCUUCCACAGGUGGUCGAGCUUCUUGGGCACCCCAAGGAGUCUGUUAGAAAGAAGGCUAUAAUGGCUCUUCAUCGGUUUUAUCAACGGGCACCUUCUUCUGUUGCUCAUCUCCUCUCCAAUUUCCGGAAGAAGCUCAGUGAUAAUGAUCCUGGGGUCAUGGGUGCAACACUUUGCCCUCUUUUUGAUCUUAUCAUAGCUGAUGCAAAUUCUUACAAGGAUUUAGUUAUCAGCUUCGUAAGCAUUCUUAAGCAAGUAGCAGAACGCAGAUUGCCGAAGAGUUAUGAUUACCAUCAGAUGCCAGCCCCAUUCAUCCAGAUCAGAUUGUUGAAAAUUUUGGCAUUGCUGGGUAAUGGUGACAAACAAGCAAGUGAACACAUGUUUACUGUUCUGGGUGACAUAUUUAGGAGGUGUGAUCCAUCAAGCAACAUAGGGAAUGCUGUUCUGUAUGAGUGCAUAUGUUGUGUUUCCUCCAUACAUUCUAGCCCCAAAUUGCUAGAAUCUGCUGCAGAAGUAACUUCUCGAUUUCUGAAGCAGAGUGAUAGUCAUAAUCUAAAGUACAUGGGCAUUGAUGCCCUUGGUAGACUUAUAAAGAUAAGCCCAGAGAUCGCUGAGGAUCACCAGCUUGCUGUGAUUGACUGCUUGGAGGAUCCAGAUGAUACCUUGAAGAGGAAGACUUUUGAACUUCUUUAUAAAAUGACCAAGCCUUCUAAUGUGGAAGUGAUAGCGGAUCGCAUGAUUGAUUACAUGAUAAGCAUUAAUGAUAAUCACUACAAAACAGAAAUAGCAUCUCGAUGUGUUGAACUUGCAGAGCAGUUUGCGCCUAGUAACCAAUGGUUUAUUCAGACUAUGAAUAAGGUCUUUGAGCAUGCAGGCGAUCUUGUCAAUGUUAAGGUGGCACAUAAUUUAAUGCGGCUAAUUGCUGAAGGUUUUGGAGGGGAUGAUGAAGGUGCAGAUAGUCAACUGAGAUCCUCUGCUGUAGAGUCAUAUCUCCGCAUUAUUGGAGAGCCAAAACUGCCAUCUUUGUUGUUGCAAGUAAUUUGUUGGGUCUUGGGUGAAUAUGGAACUGCAGACGGAAAGUUUUCUGCUUCCUAUAUCACUGGGAAGCUAUGUGAUGUGGCAGAGGCCCAUCCAAGUGAUGACAUUGUCAAGGCAUAUGCAGUGACAGCAAUUAUGAAGAUAUGCGCAUUUGAAAUUGCAACAGGAAGGAAAGUGGAGUUGUUGCCUGAGUGUCAGUCACUGAUUGAUGAAUUAUCAGCAUCUCAUUCAACAGACUUACAGCAGCGUGCAUAUGAACUUCAAACUGUCUUGGGCUUAGAUGCUCUUGCUGUUGAGACUAUAAUGCCAUCUGAUGCAAGUUGUGAAGACAUUGAGGUUGAUAAAAGCCUUUCGUUCCUUAAUGGUUAUGUUCAGGAGUCAUUGGUAAAGGGAGCUCGGCCUUACAUUCCUGAGAGUGAGCGAUCUGGAAUGGCUGAUAUUAGUAAUUUUAGGAGUCGAGGCCAUCAUGACUCUUCCACCCAUGGUCUGAAGUUUGAGGCUUAUGAACUUCCAAAACCUUCUGUGGCAUCAAGAAUUCAACCAGUUCCACUCGCAACCUCCAAGGAACUUGUUCCUGUGUCUCAGCCAACUUAUCCUCAAGAAAUGUCCCAGGCUGCAUCAAUGCCAUCUGUCCCUGAAACUGGACCAAGUGAGCUAAAGCUUCAACUUGAUGGAGUUCAAAAGAAGUGGGGUAGGCCAACUUAUUCCCCAACUGUGCCAUCAAACUCAAAUUCUAGUUCCCAGAAAGCGGUGAACGGGGUUGCGCAACUUGUUGUACAGGGAACAGUUGGCCCAAAAACUCGUGAUGUGUCUUAUGAUUCAAGGAAACCACAGGUUGAAGUUUCUCCUGAAAAGCAGAAACUUGCUGCGUCCUUAUUUGGGGGUUCGUCAUCAAAGACAGGGAAAAGACCAACAUCUACUAGCUAUAAGACCACUAGAGUCCACAGCCAUGCUGCAGAGAAGUCACAAAUACCAACUGCAACAGUUGCAUCUACUGAACAUGCUGCAGAGAAGGCUCCUCAACCACCUCCCCCGGAUUUGCUUGAUUUGGGCGAGCCAACUCCAGGGUAUACAGUAAUUGACCCAUUUAAACAAUUGGAAGGACUUCUUCCUUCUGAUGCCUCUUCAGUAGCCAAUUCUGGGGUUAGUGCUUCCAAGUCUUCUGAUAUUAUGUCACUUCAUGCAGAGAGCCCCAUGAGUGGGCUGAUUGGUACUGUAGCAAAUAUGGGACCGACUAAUUUGGAUUCUGCAAACCUCUUGUCUAGUUUGUCCAAUUUAGCCAAUAGAAAUGUUCAUGGAGGACCUGCAGCUAUGCAGGUGGCACCUGUGAAAAAGGGCCCAAAUCCCCAAGACUCCCUGGAAAAGGAUGCAGUUGCAAGGCAGGUUGGUGUAACACCUUCAGGUACAAACCCAAACUUGUUCAGGGACCUGCUUGGCUAGAGCACAUGGAAUUUAUCAUGCAGUGCAUCACACGGUUUUGAGUUUAGAAGCUUUCGUUCGAGUAAUUGCUUCCUGCUUCUGGUACGGAUUGUUUAUGUUGCUCAGUGCAGGCAAAGCAAUUAUUCCAGUCACUAGAGCUACUGGAGCGUGGGCACAAGUGCAGAAAUGCCUAAUGGAUUUGGUUCAAAUGUAGAUGGGGGGAGGCAGUGAAGGCAAGCUGGCUUUUUGUAUUUUUAUGUAGUUUUGUAGCAAUAGCAAUAUAGUGAUGAUGGGUGGCUGUACAUUGUUUUUUUUUUUAGCAAAUCAAUUGCAAUGAGAUUAUGUGAAACUCUGUAUGCAUAUCUUAACAGUAGAGCUUUUGCAGCAUUCCGGGAA